GUUGACAUUGAAUAGAGUUAAAAACCUGUUUGGGGAAAUCUUUGUGAUCUGUAAUUCGUUGCAUGCUUCCGUGAAGGUAGAAAAUAGCAUAUAUUAGGUGCGAAACUGCGAUAGUCGUAAAAUUAAUAGUUCCACUAAAAACCCAAAUUGAAAAAUAAGAUCUCUUUCAUUUAUAUAACCAAUCCGUAGUUGUUAGAUGUGGUUGUAUGGAUCAACAGAUCUGUUUCUUUAGUUGAUUUUUUACUUAUAAAUAUCAAAGAAAAUGAAUAUGACUCAAAAAGAAUAUGAAAAGAAUAGUAAAUUGAAGAGGGAAGAUGUGAAAAUGCUACAAGAAUGGUGUGUUAGUCAACCUCAUUUGCCACAAAUGACUGAGCAAGAAGUCAUUUGGUUCCUACAAAGUUGCUAUUUUAGUAAUGAAGGCGCGAAAAUUGCUAUUGACAAUUAUUUUACCAUGAAAACAAUGAGCCCAGAGCUUUUCAAAAAGAGGGAUUUCAAGUCGGAAGUUUUUCAAGCAAAUUUAAAAUUAGGCUGUUUCACCAUACUUCCUAAGAAAACGCACCAAGGAGAUACUGUCUGUUUCUUCAAAUUCCUGGAUCCAAAUCCUGAGAAUUUUUCUUUGAAUGAGUUCAUUAAGAUUUUCGAUAUGGUGGUUAUGCUAGAUCUAUACUUAAAUGGUACUCAGGAAGGUUUGAGAUAUUGUUUUGACGUGAAAGAUAUAUCAUUUGGACACGUUGCUAAACUGAGUUUGGUCUCGUUAAAAAAGUUCUUACUCUACUUGCAGGAAGGAAUGCCAGUUAGAUUAAGAGGUCUUCAUUACUUCAACGCUACUCCAGUAUUAGAUAAAGCCCUGACAUUAAUUAAACCAUUUCUGAAAAAGGAAGUGCUUGAGAUGUUAACAAUACAUCAAUCCCUGAAAACUAUGGAACAAUAUAUUCCUUUGGACUGUUUACCUAUCGACUAUGGUGGAAAAUGCGAUUCAGUAACUUCUAUUUACGAAAAAACUAAGAAGGAAUUCAUUGAGAACGAGGGAUUCUUUGAGCACCAAGAUGAACAAUUGGUGGAUGAAUCAAAAAGACCGGGAAAAGCCAAAAAUGUUUCUGACAUAUUCGGAGUUGAGGGAACUUUCAAAAAACUGGAUUUGUUUUGAUAUCGAUAUAUUUUACCAAUAACACUUUCAUUAUUUCAAAGAGUAUGUAAUAAUAAACAAUAUGUGUA